GGCGGGGUGGGAAAUCCUGCGAGAGUAGGAAGGCAUAUAAGCGGGCCCUCCUUUGCUUCCGCUGGGUGGUAUGGAACUGAGGCAACAUCUUGUGUGUGUUUGCGUGCGUGCAGUGUUCUGUGAGCUGCGAUAAUUGGAAUUUUUGCUGUAUUGGUGAAAUAAAGAAGAUAUGUUCACAUUACUGAAAUAUCACUCGGUGGACUAUUUACAUGAGAAUGUGGUUAGAAAGAAGUUAAGCAUAAGAUCACUAUCACUCCAUAUUCCUUCAUAUUUAUAUCCUGAUGAGUACAAUUGUCAUGCUGGCAUUGUUGUGGAUGAAGAAUUCAGGAAGCCAUGGACAAGAGUUCCAGUCCCCACAACUCUACAAUUGAAUGAUUUCUCAGAGCUGUAUCAGUGGAAGACAAUUUUUUCUGAGGAUUUUCUUGAAAAGAAGACAGUUUCCUACAUUGGAUCUUAUAUUAAUAACUUUGAAGAAAUUGUUCCAAGUUCAAAUCCAUCCUCUCAAAUUGACAUAGAGGAGAACUGUUUACUAACUCAGAACGGGGACAGGGAAAUCUUCUACCCUAUCACUUGUUCUGAGGGAGGGCCAACUCUUCAAACAGCUAAUCAAGAUUUAUAUAUUGAAGAUGAAACAAUUUUUGUAAAUACUUUGGUAGAAUAUAAAAAGCAGCUGCCUACCUUGAAUGACCUCUUGAGUAGACUAAAUGUAUUUUUAUUAAAAGAUCCUUGUUUAGAUUUCAAAGAGCAACAGAUCCUCAUAGAAGCUGAUCAUUUCAGGGAAUAUUUCCCUUUUCAAAGCAGUAUGGAAGUCCAUGAAAAAGAAGAAUUACAUAUGAUUGAGGAGCUCUUCGAAGAUGAAAAACAACUGAUUUUGCCGAUUGAAUAUGAUUUAUUGAAAUCUGCCAUCCUCCCAGAAAGAACAGAUAUACAAACAUUGUCAGAACUUAAGGAGUUUAUAAAAUCAACUCCAGAAAUAAUUGAUGAUACAAUUGAAAAUGAAAAAUUAUUUGAAAAAGCCCUCCCCACUGAGGAUCAGAAUGAAAUUAUGGUAGAAUGCUACCCCAGAGAGAAGAUACAUACCAGUCAGAACCAAUGUGAAUCAGAAAGCCAUGAACCAGUUUUUCACAGUGUGUGUCUUUCAGGGGAUUUGGAAAUGCCUUUAACACUUCCAUAUCUAAUAACUGAACAAUCCCUGAGAAACCCUAUACAUGUUGAACAUCAAGUGCAUCAACUUUCUCCUAUUUGUAAUAUUAAUUGUAUUCCAACUGAAGAGUAUACUGAAAAAUGCAGGGUGCAACUGCAGUCAGAAAACUAUCAAAGUUCCCUGGACUCUCUUUUAUUUAAAGUGCCACAAACCGAAGAACCUAUAAUUCACUAUUCAGUUACAGAUUUGAAAAAAAUGUUUUCUACUGAAGUAGAAAGCCAAAUGCUUGAUUCACUAAAAGAAGAGUGGUGGAAAGAAGAGGGGCUGCUGAGCAUGAUGACAGAUACUUUGGAACACCAGACCCCAGCUCUGUGUCAUGACAGCCUGCUUCCAACAGAAGAGGAGAUGUUGUCUAUAAAACCACUUCAGCUAAAGUGGUGUCUUGAACAAAAAUGUGAUACUAUUAGUAAACUCAAAACCUCUUCUUGUAUGACUCCUCAAAAGAUACCUAGAGAUGAUCAUUUAUCACUUGUUCAAAAAAGCCCUCCAAAAAAUGUACCACAUACCUGUGUUCCUGAGAGAAAACCAGAACUAAUUUCUGUAAUAGACAAAGAGGAAAAGAAAGAGAUUUGUGAAUCACAAGACUACAAAGCAUUAUGCAUUGAACCACCCGUGUCAUCAGUAAAUCAUAAUGAAUCUUUUGAACCUGCUAGAAAAUGUAAAGAUAAUUUGGAUCCAUUGAGCAACUUCAUCAUCCUGAGAAACAAACAUAUGACCAUGCUAUCAGAACCCCAAGUUAUUAUGGAUGCUGGCCAAAAAAUAGAAUCCAAAUUGCAAUGUGAAGAGGAAUAUACUCUUACUCUUGAAGAAAAGAGUCCUGUUGGUUGUAGCGAGCCAUCCCCUGAGAAAAAUCAGGAAAAGGAGAUGAAUGUCAUUGAAAUUCAAGCAACUGAUAGUCAGUGCCAGGCAUACAGUCUCUUAGAAGCAGUAGCUACUCCUUUAUUAAAAGAACUUGCCGACCAUGCUUGCCUCCUUGCAUCAAACUGGAAAUUUGCUACUCUUGGCUUUGACCAAACUAGAUUUUUCUUAAAGCAGCAAGAAAAAGUAAUAAAUGAUAUUUUUCUUCAAGGUAAAAAUGCUGAAAGAGAAGUCAUAUUCAAACGUGCAGCACUGGUCCACCUUUUAGUAACAGUUCGAGAUCUCCUCUUAAUGUGUACCUUGGACACAGCAUUGGGAUAUUUACGGAGAGCAAAAGAUGUUUACAAAAGCAUGUUAGGUUCCUGUUUGGAGAAUAUUUGGAGACAGCUUGAGAUUGUACAGUUUAUCAGGAAGAAAGAGACUGAAACCAACCACAAAGAACAACAAUUAUAUUGUCAGAUGUUACAUUUUGUACAAACAAACAAUACAGAAGAACAGCAAUUUAAGGUGCUAAUUAUAACAAGAAUGGACUCAGAUGAAGAACAUUAUUUCCUUAUUAAAACACUUAGCAAAAUAAAAGGUUUAAAAUGUAUUUCUUUAUCUCCUGAAAAAAGAAACAUUUUACUGGAAUCCAAUGACAUUUUAAAUGGCCUCAAGAAAUGUUCCUGCAUGGUUAUACAUAAUCAACAUAUUGGACCUGACUUUCCCUGGACUCAAUUCUCAUUCAUGAUGGAGUAUAAUUAUGUAGAAAACUCUUGCUGGACUGAACAUUGUGAACAAUUGGAUAUUCCUUACAUGGCCUUUAAAACAGUCCUCCCAGAUGAAGUUUUUAAAAAAAGUGCCUCACUGGACACAUUUGGAGGUUUUCUUUUAGAAAUUCAAAUCCCAUAUGUGUUUCUUACCUCUGAAGGACUUCUUAAUACACCAGAAAUACUUCAGCUACUAGAAUCCAACUACAAUAUAACUUUAGUGGAAAGAUGUUGCAGUGAGUCCUUGAAACAAUUUGGGGAUACAGAUCGUUAUGUGGUGGUGACUGUUGAUGAGUGCACAGCCAUCAUUAUUCAGAGUCUGGAAGAACUAAAUUGUGAGAAGGCAUCAGAUAACUUCAUUUUAAAACUGAUAGCAUUAUCAAUACAGUACAGUUUCUGUUGGAUCAUUUUCUACUCCAAAGAAAGACUGAAUUCAGAGUACUGCCUUACAGGAAAAACACUUCAUCAUCUAGCACUGAUCUAUGCAGCUUUGGUUCCAUUUGGAUUGAAAUCUGAAGAACUAGAAGUGAAGCUUGUUAUUAUGCCAGGCGUGGAAGAAACUGCACAGCUAAUUCGCCAGAUUGCGGACCACAUCUUGAUUUCCUCUGAGAGAGAUCCUCAUGAAUGGCUGGACAAGUCUUGGCUUUCAGUUUCACCAACUAAGGAUGAAAUGUGUUUACUCGAUUUUCCUUGUAUCAAUCCCUUGGUGGCUCAACUUAUGCUAAAUAAAGGACCUUCACUGCCUUGGCUUCUAUCAGCAACUCUCGAUCAACUUCAAGAACUUCUGCCUGAAGUUCCUUCCAAAGUGAUAAAGCACUUUUCUGAGAUUACUUCUUUGUUCAAUAUCAGUUCUUCCCUGCCAAAGUCACCUUUAAUUUCAUCAUCUCAAGAAAAUGGAUACCAAUCUGAUAACAUUUCUCAGUGUUCAAUAUCAAGUUCUUCAGCAUCCAUCAUUCAAGGACAGGAUAAGUAUUAUUAUAAUUCAAAAUUGUAUGAAAAAGUACUUGAAGAUUCAAGUCUGUCUUCAAAUUCUAAGAAUUCCCUUAUAGAACCAAGUGAAAUACAAUGUAUUUUGCCAUUUUCAAAAUGUUAUGAACAAACAAACUGUUGGGAAGAUUCUGAUCUGAACCCAUACCAACCACAGUAUACGGAUUUUCUAAAUAACACAGAAUCCAGAAAAACAACUGGCACUUCCUUCCCAAGGCAGAAUGAUUCAGAGUCAGAUGUCUUUUCCUUGGGGCUACCUCAGAUGAAUUAUGAAACAAGAAUGACUAAGAAUGUGGCUAACUCUGAUUGUAUAAACUAUAAGGGACAAUAUACUACAAAAGGAAAAAUAAAAAAAGAAUUGGAUGCCCCCAGCUUUUUACUAGAGAACUCAGGGUAUCCUGCUACCUGGAAUUUUAAGAAUGAUAUAUUAGAACCACAAAUCCACCCUCACAAAUUGCAAUAUGGUAGAGAACAGACAUCUUAUUAUACAUGGUUCUCUAAAAAAGACAAUUUAAAUACAACCUCUAACCCCUUUAUGUUUCAACAAAAUUGUCUGUCUGAUGAAUUAAAGGGCAUCAUGUAUGAUAGGCUAGAUGCUCAGACAGACGGGACUUCUUGGAAAGAAUUAACAGCUUUCUCCAAUGUGAAUUCAUCUACACAUAAUUCCUGUGCCUAUAAUUUAAAUGCAACUUCUGAAAAAUUAAAUAAUCUUUAUGUCCAGCAAACAUCUGGAAGAUAUUCAGGACAGAAAAGGCACAUUGCAACUUCAUCAAAUUUAGCAAAGAAUGAAUCAUUAACAGAUCUGAUGCAUUCACAGCAACCUCAACUCAAAAAAAGACGACUAGUGAUUGAAAAAGUCCCUGGAAGAAAUGAUGGUCAAACACGCCUUAAGUUCUUUUGAAGAAACCCUGAGCUCUUUGCUGCAUUGUAAAGAGCUUUGGAGUAUAUAUAUCACUGUGUCAAGCACUGUUCAGAUGUCUGAUUAUAUUUAAGAAAAGGUUAUUCUCUAUAUCCUCAAUGUUUCUAAUGAAAUUAAAUUUCCAAGAAAUAUAUACUACCUUUUUCUGUAGUUUACAUUUUUGUAAAUAAUAACUUAUGUUUAUUAGUUUAGUAACUCUCAUACGCUUCAAGGGACUUUCCAGAAUUCAGUUAAUUUUAGAGAAUGGACUUAUUUCUCAUCACCCAAAAACCCCACGCCUCUGAAAUGGAAUAAAGCAUCUGAAUCACCAUGGUUUCCACUGAAAUCAUGGGAUGAGAAAAAUACUGAGAUUGCCUAGGAGAAGAAACAAGUCUUUGAUUUAGGAUUGUAAUUAUAUUCUUAGUAGACUAUAUUUUAGCUAGUGGAUACAGAGUCAGGCCUGUAGUGGGGAGGACUAGGAUUCAAAUUGACUUCAGAUACUUCCUAGCUGUGUGACCCUGGGCAAGUCACUUAACCCCAGUUGCCUAGCCCUUACCUUUCACUCUUCUGCCUUAGGAUUGAUAAAAGACCAAAGGUAACGGUUUAAAAAAGAAGACUAUCUCUAACAGGGAACUGACUCCCAGGCAUUCUCUUUCCACAUUCCAGGCAAACUACACUAGAGUGCUCAGGUAUUCACCCCAGUUCUUUGUGUCCUUACUCUAUGACAUGCUUUCAAAUGCGAUAAUGUAUGGAAAGCACUGUGCAAAAAUUAAAGCAGUAUGUAAAGAUUCGCUAUCAUAAUGAUUUUGGUGUUAGAAUUGUAGGACAAUGCUGGAAAGAGCUAAAGACUUGAAAGGAUAUAUUCAGCUGUGUUUGCUUACAG